UGACAGGUCUGUUAUUUUCUCAAGUCGCCUCAAGUCGCCUUGCCAAAGCAAAAUAUAACCAGAAAAGGAACCAGCAAGUGGAAAAACCAAAUCUUCGGAGUGAAAUCUCGAAAGUGCAUUAAAUCUUUUGCCACGGCACCGUCCCCGGCUCACCGCAGAUUCUGCGUUCCACGUAAUCCAAGUCGAGUCCUUCGGUUGGCACUCGCGAGUCCAAACACGAAAUUUGGCUGCUUUCUCUUUGUUGUCUCAUUUUCCACUGUGAUAGCGGAAGAACCAACGUUUUCUGAUUUCCCGAGUCUUGCACUAUGGAAUCUUGCGCGGCAGUGGAAAAAGAGGUGGAGAAAGUGAUCAAUAAAUUCUCCGCCAUCAAUGAUCACUCGCAGCGAAUCAUCGGGGAUGUGAUUGCGUUCAUUGAAAAACUACGUUCUUCGAUUGCCGAGGGGACCCCGGACGAUAAGUUGACGUCUGGACAGGUAGAGGUGCUUAAUGAUGCUCUGUCGAAGGUGAAAGACAAGCUGCAUCGCCUAACGACCGAACACCGGGAUCUGCACGGCACUGUGAGCAAAGUGGGCAAAGCAAUCGAUAGGAACUUUGUGGCCGACUUUACGGCUACCUCGCGGACUGAUGCUUUCCAAUCAGAGCGGAAUGUAGUGCUACUGAACAAAGUCAUGGCUCAGCACUUUUACCGCCAGGGCAUGGACGAUGUUGCGGAUACGCUGAUCAAAGAAUCAGGCCUUCCGGCGGAGGGUAUAGUUCCGGAGCCGUACGCAGAGCUGCAUCGUAUUUGGGAAGCCAUUCACAACGGUGACCUAAGCCCUGCCCUUGAGUGGGCUACUCGCUACUCCGAGGAACUGGAUGCUCGGAACAGUUCCCUCGAGUUCAAGUUGCAUCGACUCGCGUUCAUGCAGAUUCUUAACGGCGGUGUGCAUGUGCAAACGGAAGCCAUCACUUAUGCUCGCACCCAUUUCGCCAAGUUUGUGCGACGCUUCGAGAAGGACAUACAAAUUCUAAUGGGGACGCUCAUCUACCUGCCAAUCGGAAUCCACAACUCACCGUACAAAUACCUGACGGCACCGGAAAUGUGGAUCGAAACCGCCGACGUGUUCCUUAAAGACGCUUGUCAACUGCUGGGCAUCAACAAAGACUCACCACUCUCGGUGAUAGUGAAUGCGGGAUGCACCGCACUGCCGGCACUGCUUAAUUUGAAACAGGUUAUGAUGUCUCGUCAGGUUACGGGCAUUUGGAACGGCCGUGACGAGUUACCCAUCGAGAUCGAUCUCGAGCCGGAAAAUCGGUUCCACUCUAUCUUCGCCUGUCCCAUCCUGCGCCAGCAAAGUUCGGAAGAUAAUCCACCCAUGAAGCUACUUUGCGGACAUGUAAUAUCCCGCGACGCUCUGAACAAGCUCAGUAACGGACCGAUAAUGAACAAUACUUUCAGAUUGAAAUGCCCGUACUGCCCUAUGGAGCAAUCGCCUUCCGACGCCAAGCUGAUAUAUUUCUGAAAAACGUCACCGUUGCUGCCGCUCCAACCACGUGUCCCUCGUUUUCGUUCGCCUCGUAUAAUAAUUUUGUGCUAAUCUAUAUUAUCACUCCCUGAAUUUAUUAAGCUGUUACUAGUGUAUAAAUCAAAAAAUAGUGCUCGCGUGUUUGCACAAGUUGGGCUUUUAGCAAUUUUUUUUAGUUCUCCUCCCAUCUUCACCAUCUCCAAUCAUAUGCUAUCUCUCCAGUAGGGAAUGAAAUAGCAUUCUAAUACGCAAGGGUAGUUUGCGCACAAACACCCGCCGUAAAUGUUACUUAUGUUUUAGUAAUCCACAUACAAUGCUCGUUGGUUCUUUACGAUAACGACCAGCAAAAAGAACACAAGAUAUGAUUCGGCUGUAAGACCGAUGAAGUAGGAAUCAGCCAAUAUACUGUUCUCAAUUAAUUUAGCAAAAUCCUGUAGUUAACC